GAUCUAUUGAAUAUAAUGGCGCCUAGGCCGGCCCUCUACCCUCAGCUGCGCAUUCUUUUAAACCAACGCUUUUCUGUUCUCGUUCUCUGCCCGUCUCCCUAAUUGUACCCUACUCCCUGCACGUCGGAACUGCCCUUAAUGUCUGUCUCUGACACCUGGUUGUGGUUUCGCAGAUUGCGUCUCUUCGUGCUUUCAAUUUCUGCUAUCAUCUCUCUGACAUGGACUGUUGUCAUCGUGGUUUUCCUGGCCAAAAACUGGAAAGGUUAUAGCAGGGGUGAAAGAGGAUUUUUAUGUGGCUUCGCCGGGCUUGACUUCGUUACCUCGAUCCUGCUGUACCUGAUGAUUGUGGUCAAAUAUGACUAUUGGUGGGAUGCUGCGCGCGCAGUAAUGCUAGUCGGUUUGCACACUGGUGUGCCACUCUGGGUCUAUAAAUAGCGUCACUCAAAGCUAACAAAAACUGACUGAGUGUAGCGGCAUCGGCUGUCUUUACAAAGUAUGGGUUGCACUGGCCCUGUCAUAGCUUUGGAUCUUCUGAGCACUGCCAUCAAAUGUCAUUGGCCGUGCUAGUAGGUUCUUGGAUAUUAACAGCAUUUUUGAUCGCCUACGGAAUAGCCCUCCCAGUCAUGGCUUGUGUGCCAAAGCCGAAGGAACCGAUCAGUAACGUCACUGAAGAAUACGGAAACGCCAAUCGGGAGGAAAAGCGAACGCUUGUGCCGUCGGCUUCACGAGAUUCGCUCCAUCCACCCGAGCUGCCCCAACAGCCUCAUCCUCACUCUUUCGAGGACACGCGAACAUCCUCCGUCUCAGCAUCAAUCGCACACCAUCAACCGGAUGAUUCAAGGCUCAUCGAAAGCCUCACAACAAGCGAAUCAAUGUACUCUACUCCGUCGAUUCACGAAGAUGUAACAAACUUCAAACCUUUGGCCAGGCUAUACACACCUAUAAAUACCGCAGCCAUUCGGUCUACAACGCCUCCAUUUCUCAGACCUAGGGGAACUCUCAUCCAAGAGGAAAGACCUCUUUCUUUGAUAUCAGGAGCCGCUGAUGGACCCUCAGCGACUGCGGCAUAUGAGUUUCCAAUAUAUCCCGGCUCUCGUCAAACCAGCGUCGCGAGACCAAGCACGCCCUCCAGAACCUAUUCGUUGUCGGGAGCAAGGUCAUACUCCAGUCCUCUUAUCACAGGAAAUCUGGAAGAACCUGAAGCCUACUUCGAUGAAAUCAUCCUCUCCAAUGGCUUGCAGGAGAGCCACGCGGGACGUAGCUCAGAACCAAUGGUGGAAGACUGGACUUUGCCACCCCCGCCUCCAACUGCGUUAAGCCAUUCACGGUCGGAUUCAUCUGGUUCCGUCGACAUUAAUCAAUGGCGGAAACUCGUGACAGAUGCGGCUAAUGGAACGCGAUUAUAGACUCUUCCAUUGUAUGUAUAUCGUUACGGACUCUCUAGCAGCACUCAUGGUCUGGGGCAGAUUCACUUUGGACAUUCAUGCUUACCGUUCUUACGCGUAUAUUGCUUGACUUCUUUAUAACGAACUCGCCCGUGCCAUCACAUAUUUGACUCACGAACACCCCUCAUUGAACAUUUUUUUGGUCAAUCAGUUUAAUUACCUUAACGUUUGUUGCAUUUUUAAAUGUAAAGUAGUCUUUAUUAACCAAUCAAUUGGAUCCCGAACUCCC